GUACGAAAAGGCGGCGCGCGGGCCGCAGCCGCAGCUCCUGGGCGCCCCGCACCUAGUAGUGUGCGCCCCGGUGCAACCCUGGCUUUCUCUCCGUGGGACACCCGUGCCCCCUUCAUCGUCCGCAACCAGAAGCCCAGUGCAGCCCCCGGAGCCCCCUCUGCACCGCCGCUGCUCCCCGGACCCCGACCCAGGCCGCCCCGAGAUGACCGCGACCGGAGCCCUCCUGCGCGUCCUCUUGCUCCUGCUGGCUUUCGGCCACAACACCUAUGGGGCUGAAUGCGACCCUGCCUGCGACCCCAAAAAUGGAUUCUGCGAGGAUGACAAUGUUUGCAGGUGCCAGCCCGGCUGGGAGGGCCCCCAGUGUGACCAGUGCAUAACCUCCCCUGGCUGCGUCAAUGGAGUCUGCGAGGAAGCAUGGCAGUGCAUCUGCAAGGAUGGCUGGGAUGGGAAACUCUGCGACAUAGAUAUGCGGGCUUGUACCUCAACCCCCUGCGCCAACAAUGGAACCUGUGUGGACCUCGAGAAGGGUCAGUACGAGUGCUCCUGUGCCCCCGGGUUCUCUGGAAAGGACUGCCAGAACAAAGCUGGACCCUGUGUGAUCAAUGGCUCUCCCUGCCAGCACGGGGGUGCCUGUGUGGAUGACGAGGGCCGGGCCUCGCAUGCUUCCUGCCUGUGCCCCCCUGGCUUCUCUGGCAACUUCUGCGAGAUCAUUGCCAACAGCUGCACCCCUAACCCAUGCGAGAAUGAUGGCGUCUGCACCGACAUCGGGGGCGACUUCCGUUGCCGCUGCCCAGCUGGAUUCAUCGACAAGACCUGCAGCCGCCCGGUGAGCAGCUGCACCAGUGGCCCGUGCCUGAACGGGGGCACCUGCCUCCAGCACACCCAGGUGAGCUACGAGUGUCUGUGCAAGCCCCCGUUCAUGGGUCCCACGUGCGCGAAGAAGCGCGGGUCCAACCCCGUGCAGGUCACCCAUCUGCCCAGCAACUACGGGCUCACCUACCGCCUGACCCCCGGGGUGCACGAGCUGCCGGUUGAGCAGCCCGAGCACCGCAUCCUGAAGGUGUCCAUGAAAGAGCUCAACAAGAGUACCCCUCUCCUCACCGAGGGACAGGCCAUCUGCUUCACCAUCCUGGGUGUGCUCACCAGCCUGGUGGUUCUGGGCACCGUGGCCAUCGUCUUCCUCAACAAGUGCGAGGCCUGGGUGUCCAACCUGCGCUACAACCACACGCUGCGCAAGAAGAAGAACCUGCUGCUGCAGUACAACAGCGGCGAGGAGCUGGCGGUGAAUAUCAUCUUCCCGGACAAGAUCGACAUGACCACCUUCAACAAGGAGGCUGGCGACGAGGAGAUCUAAGCAGCAUUCCCCCAGGCCCUUCCCUAUUAUGGGGGUUCCGUAGAGCUCACUAUAUGCGGUCUGUGCUUCUCUUUGUGGUAGAGCUUGCUCUCUUUUGUGUGAAAUCUAGUGAACGCUACGCUUACGUAUAUUGUCUUUGCAUCGCUGUGUGACACGCUGCCAUGCUUUCAAGAACCCCCUCCCUCCCCCUUAAUGCAUGAUAAUGAAUAAUAAUAAGAAUUUCAUCUCUAAACGA